AGCCAUUGAAUUCAAAGCACGCCAGCAGCCGGGCGCUUUGAAGGCUCACUGGGAGCGCAGCGCGGAGCGCGGAGCGCGGACGGAGUGAGGGCGCGAUGGAGGUGACUCGCUGGCUCCAGUCCGUCCUGCAGGAUGAGCGAGCUCUCGUGAUGAAGGCAUUAGAGUCGCAGCACGACCUGAUCCUGCAGGAGAUGAGCUCCAAGAUGGAGGUGCUGCGCGUGCCUGACGUGGGUGAGGCGGCCGAGAGUAUGAGAGAAGAGCCUCCUGUCCCGCGGAAGCGCUGCACGCUUCCAGGCCAGCUCGCUGAGAGUGACGAGGUGAAAGCUGAGACUGCGGAGCCUCAAGACAAAAGAUGGCUCAGUCCAACCAGCACUACCCUUUCCAGGAUGAUGACGGCGGAGGAGGAUUUCCCAGAAGGAGAUGGGAGUUGUGGAAUCAGGUCCGCGGCUUCCGACGUCCACCAUGACGAGCCCGCGAGACAGAGAACUGGCAGAAGUUUAACCAGCAGAAGGCCCUCCGUCCUCCUUGACACCAUCCAGCAAGCAGGCAUUCGAAGAGCCAAUGGGAAGCUGGCGGAGGCCUUGAACAGACCUGUGUGGCAUCCAGGUAGAUUCGUGGGAAGCACGCAUUUCGACGUCUUCUUUUGCAUCGUGAUUCUUCUCAACACCAUCGUGAUGGGCUUCGAGCUGCAAUAUGAUGGCCUGCAAAGGGGCUACGAGCUCAACUACCCCCACUUCACCAGACCGGCUCGUGAUGUGUGGCCUCAUGCUGAAGCAGCAUUUGUAGGGUGUGACUGGGUAUUUGGCUUCCUGUACGUAGUUGAGAUCAUCAUCCGAGUCGUGUGGAGCCGGUGGGCAUUUAUUUGGGAUAUCUCAAAUUGGUUUGACACGUCCUUGGUCCUCCUGUGGAUGGGCGAGCUGACUUUGAGCCGCGAAAAUUACCUGGACUCAGGAGUUGUGCGAACAUUGCGGUUGGCCAGAGUGCUUCGUUUGGCGAAGAUCAUCAGGACGAUCCAAGGAUUUGAUGCCUUGUACAUUAUGACCACGGCGAUGUCCGCAAGUCUUAUCAUCCUCUUUUGGUCCUUCGUGCUAUUGCUUGUGGUUCAGACGACUAUCGCGCUGUCCUUGACCCAAAUCCUUGGAGGCUUCUUCCAGGAUUCCGAAGUUCCAGCUUCCAAGAGAGUGGAGGUCUUCGAGUACUUUGGUACAGCAUCCAGGGCCAUGUUUACCAUGUUCGAGCUAACGCUGGCGAACUGGACCAUCGCCGGGCGCACCCUCUCCGAGAACGUUUCCGAAUACUUUGCAAUUUUCAACGUGGCCUACAAGCUGGUGGUUGGCUUUGCCGCCGUGGGCAUCAUCAACGCGGUUUUUAUGCAAGAGACCUUUAAAGUUGCCGCUUCCGAUGACACCGUCAUGAUGCGGCAGAAGGAAAGGGAGCGGCGCCUGCACACCAAGAAGAUGAAGAUACUCUUCGAAGCUGCAGACGAGUCGGGAGACGGAGUCAUAGACCGGGAGGAGUUCCGGCGCGUCUUCGACAUGCCGGAGAUUAGGACAUGGCUGGCCGCGCAGGAUUUGCCUGUAGCUGAUCCAGACGUACUCUUCAAGCUGCUGGAUGACGGUGACAACGAACUGACUGCCGAGGAAUUGGUGAAAGGCGUGGAUCGAUUGAAAGGAGCCGCCAAGAGCAUUGACUUGGAGGCAUUCAUUAUGGAACACCGCAGUUUCGCGAAGCAAGUCUGCUCCAAGCUCGGGCUGCCGGAAGUCGCCCGCGUGUCGCGGGAGGCCCAGGGGCCAGCGCCCUGAGCGGCUUGUUUCCUGCGAGCACCGUGGCUGCUGAAUUCAGCAAUCUUCAGCCUUGCAGUAAGUUUAGCACGUUGCA